AUGGCUUCCAUUACCUCUAUUGUUAAGACUGCUGACUACAUUUUAUCUAGACCAGUAUUAUCUAAGGUUGUUAGUCCUGUUGCUAAAGCAUUCGUUGCUUAUGCCGGAUACAGAGAAAUGGGUUUAAAGUAUGUAUAAAUUGAAAAAUAUAAUUAGACGGCAGCGAUUUGGUUAUCAUUAUUGAAAAGCAAGCUAUGAAUCUUAAGGGUUAGAUUAGAGUUUUUGAAAAUGUAUAAGGACGAAUACUAACCAACUAUAGAUUUAACGAUUUACUCAUUGAAGAAACUCCAGUUAUGCAGAAGGCUAUUUCCAGAUUACCAGAUGAAGAAAUCUACGCAAGAAACUACAGGUUUAUUACUGCUCACCAAUGUUCUUUAUCACAUCAAUUGUUACCAGCAAACCAAGCCGUUAAACCAGCAGAGGACACCCAUUAUUUGAUUCCAUACAUUUUAGAAGCUGAAAAAGAAGCAUUCGAGAAGGUUGAAUUAGAUAAUAUUGAAGUUCCUAACUAA